GCCUAAUGUUCUGCAACUAGCUGUACUGUAACUCUGUCCGAAAUACUUACGGAUAAUGAUUAUUGUAUUUUGGCAAGGUUCUUCCCACGGGGCAUGUACAUACUGUACCAAUCUGAGCGCUUGUUCGAAUGCAAUCAGGUCCUUGGUUUCUUCGUGCGUGUGCAAGGUGUCUUGACUUCGGCGUGCUCUGACGCGUGGACUCGCUGCUAUCUGAUUGCCACUCUUGUAAAUACCUGGACUCGCUCAGCCACGUCUUCACGAAACCAAAGGGCCGGGAUAUCGAGACGAUGUCGGGCAAAGCGAUCAGCAACAGUACGCUGGGCCUGCGGUUCAUGCAGAACGCGCAGCGGGCGAAGUUACAGGCCCAGGUAGAGGCCGAGCAGGCAAAGAUCAGGGAUGACGCGGAGUGGUCGGUCUCGCAGGAUGUUCGAGAUGCCUGGGGAACCGACGCAAGUUCUAGUUCAACAUCGGGUUUGAAGCAAAAGAAGACUCAGUCGGUGACGUACGAGGCGUCGUAUGUCCCUUUCAUAUUCGACGAAGAAGAGAAGGAAGAGGGAGAAGAUGAUAUGGGCGCAUCGUCGGCACUCGUGAGGGGAAGGAGGUCAUUCAAUGAACGCGGUCAGGAGGUUCUGCGCAAGGAGGUACGCGAGUCUGACAACGAAGCAGAGGGACCCGCAGGGGAGGCUGCUGGCAGGUCUGAUCCGCUAAAAGGCAAAGGCCGCCCCGGAUCGAUAUCCGGGUUCAAAGCGCCGCUGCCUACCAAAUCAAAGGACAGCAAGAAGGCACGGACGAAGACCGCGCAGCAGCUCGUUCACGAGACAGCCGCGGUAGCAUCGGUAUCACUCUCAUCUGCACCACCUUCCAGGGCGGCAGUCGCGAAGAGUGAACCUGCGGGUUUCAUGAAGCCCGCUGGCGUAGAUGCGCCGCCACCUACUAACGCCAAACAAGGCCAGAAGAAGAGACAGCGCGACCGCGAUUCAACUGUCGAUUCCACGGAGAGCAAAGGGAAGAAGCGGAAAAAGAAGGUGGAGGCGGACCUUGCUACAGUCGGGUGACCCAUACUAUGACUACAUUUGGCUCGCUGUUUCCAUAGGCUCACCUGCUCUGCCUGCAUGCAAGGAUUCUGCCGGUCAAUAUAAGAACGAAGGAUGGCCAGCUGACGAUAUGAUCUUCAUUUAAGAUAGCGGGC